ACCGUGUGCCAAACGCCCCUAAAAUUUGAAGCGAGGAAAACCCCAACUCCCACCUCGGCUUCUUGUUCUAACACUAUGGUUCCAAGAACUUCCAAUCAUCUAGCUCGUUAUGCAACUAGUGCUCAAAGUGGUAAGCUUUUUUCAUCUAAUAUAUUCAUUGCUCCAACCCCAAAUAAUAAUUCCCUUGACAAGUUCCUCAAAUAUGACUGUAAAUCAAGAAACAUCAACAUUAAGGAUGCACUUAAUCACUUUAAUAACAUGCUUCAUAUGCAACCUCCACCACCCACUUCAUCAUUUAACCUCUUGUUAGGUGCACUUGCCAAAACCAAGAACUAUAAAGAUGUUCUCUUAUUGUAUAAUAAGAUGGUUGAUGAUAAUUAUUCAACUGAUUUUAUUACACUUAACAUUUUGCUUAACAGUUUUUGUAGUAUGAAAGAAGUGGGGUUUGGGUUUGGUGUGUUAGGUGGUAUUAUUAAGAGGGGUUAUAGUCCAAAUGUGGUAACUUUUACGUCAUUGAUUAAAGGGUUUUUUGUUGAAAAUAAGAUUAAUGAGGCGGUGGGGUUGUUCAAGAAAAUGGUUGAAUUGGGAUAUAAGCCUCAUGUUAAGACUUGGGGUACAUUGAUUAAUGGUUUAUGUAGGAGUGGGAAUGCUGAGAGGGCGUUGAUUUUGCAUCAAGAAAUGUCGAAAGGGAAUGUUCUUUUUGGUGUUCAAUUUAGGCCGAAUGUUGUUUCGUAUAGCAUGAUAAUUGAUGGUCUUUGUAAGGAAGGUUUGGUAGAUAAGGCGGUUAAGGUGUUUUUGGAGAUGAAGGAGAAAAGAAUCUACCCGGAUGUGGUGGUAUACGGCUCUUUGGUUCAUGGUUUGUCUGUUGCUGGUGAGUGGGAGGAAGCGAAGGCUUUUUUUAAUGAAAUGGUAGAUCAAGGUAUUCGUCCUAAUGUUGUGACCUUCAAUGUUUUGAUGAGUGCCCUUUGUAAGGAAGGGAAAAUCGAAGAAGCAAGUAAGUUGUUGGACUUGAUGGUUCAAAGGGGUGAAAAACCUGAUUCUUUUACAUAUAACACAUUGAUGGAUGGAUUUUGCUUAGAGGGGAAAGUUGAUAAUGCAAGGCAAUUGUUUGUUUCAAUGGCAGCUAAGGGCGAGGAACGUGAUGUAAUAAGUUACAAUAUCUUAAUUAAUGGAUAUUGCAAGUGCGGAAGAGUAGAUGAGGGUUGGAGGCUUUACAAAGAGAUGCUUCAGAAAGAUUAUAAGCCAACAGUAAUUACGUUUAACACUUUGUUAACUGCCCUUUUUCAAGGAGGGAGAGUUGAGGAUGGGCGAGAACUAUUUGUUGAGAUGCAAAGGUGUGGUGUUGCACCAGAUUCUUCAACUUACAAUAUAUUGUUAGAUGGAUUUUGCAAGAAUAAUUGCCUCACAGAAGCACUGGAGUUGUUCCAGCUUCUAGAAAGGAAAGGACAUGAACUCACUAUUGAAAUCUUUAACUGUGUGAUUGAUGGGUUGUGUAAAGGAGGAAAACUUGAAGAUGCUACCAAGUUGUUUGAGAGUUUGUCCCGGAAAGGCUUGGUGCCAACUGUUGUUACAUAUUCUAUCAUGAUUCAUGGUUUCUGUAAAAAUGGUCAAUUGGAAAAGGCAAAUAAUUUGUUCUUGGAGAUGGAAAGGAAGGGAUGUUUUCCGAAUGUUAUCACAUUUAAUACGCUUAUGCGGGGUUUCUGUGAUAACAAUGAUGCGCCACGGGUAGUAGACCUUCUUCAGAAAAUGGCAGAGAAACAUAUUUCACCAGAUUUAUCAACAAUAUCUCUCGUUGUAGAUUUACUAUCGAAGGAUGAAAAAUAUCAUGAAUAUCUGAACUUGAUUCCAACAUUUCCAAACCAGUCUGACGAAAAGUGAGUUUUUGGAUGCGGUUCAUCAUAUGGGAUGAACUUUGACUGAACUGUGCAUGUGGGUAAUCUCUCUUUAUGAGAACUAUAUCAAAGUGUGUUCAGACGAUGAUGAGUAUAUCUGGUCUCAAUGAGUAGGGGAAUGCAAUUCAAGUGCAAACCAGCAAGUUGAAUCUGUUGUAGCAUUCAUGUUUAUGAAUUUUUCACUCCCUUGAUUCCCCUACUUGGAUUAGAAGCCAGAAUUGUUGAGUUCAGCAAUUAUUGACCAAGGUCUCAUCAAUCACUUGUUGCUGCUUCGAAAUAGCAGAUCUGGCCAGAAAUACAAGUAUUGGAUAAGCAUGGAUAGAUGCUACCUGGUGUUGUUAGAUCACACUGUGGGGUUAAUUGAGUGCUAAUCAUCAAUCAGUUGGGUGCAAACCUUGGAAAUCAGGAUGAAACAAAAAACACUAGAUGAUUUUUUCUCAUCUACGUAAGCUUUGGUGGUCUUUACCGGGUACUUGGUGGACAAAGUUACCUAAUAGUACUUGUAUUGGUGGAAGGUAGCUGAUAAUCGAUGGAAUAGUGGAGUGAGCUAAGACUGCACACCACUGUUAUCACAGAGGGAAAAAAAGAGUAACAUAUCCUGUUUGUAGCCUACCUGUUACUAGACUUCAGGUAUUGAAUAUUCUUACAAAUUACAAGUACUAAAAUAUUUAGAUCUAAAUUUCUUCAUUUUGUUUGCAGGACUGCUUUCAAUUCAUUGGUGUUCAACUCUCCCUUCUCUAUCAGAUGCUGCUAGAAGCCUGCAAAAAUUCUGUCAAUUCUGGAAGGGCACAUUUGACAAGAAUUAUUCCGCCUUCUCCUCUGUCAAGCCCGAGAAGAAACUGCUGAGCAGCUACUUGGGGCAUCUUUCACUUAACUAAAAAUAUUGUUUCCCUACUUUCAAACAACUGACAUGAUCAUAAUAAAAAGUAGCAGUGCUGGGCAGAUUAGUUCUCAUCAAGGGAUGGACUUAGAAUAAAACUUUGUCCUCCAUAAUAUGGGUCUCUUUGAGCAGGCAGGGUGAAAUUCUGCAACAAGGCUGUUACUGUAUUGAAAUACAGGAGAAAAAGAUGGUGAUAGUGACAACGCCACAUUAUCAUAGAGGCAUUGUUAAUUUUAAUUGUUUGCCUGGGUAGAACACCUAUUGAUAAUGGGCUGUUUGCAUUGCAAACUCGGUGGCACAUCUGUACUCUCGGACAAUUGCCUUAAUAUUUUACUAGUUUGUAGCCGUGAUUGGCUAUGUAUGGAGGAAAACUAGCUCUCGUAAGGCCUACUGGUUUGUUGAGCAUAUAUUUGCUGAAUUUAAUGUGCUGAAGAAGCUGUCUUUUGAGGAAUAUGCAUCCUGUUGAGUCCCUUUGCCGC